AAGUGCAAUAUAUACAGGCAUCCUGAUGCUGUACACCUUCAAAUGUGAUGAGAAAUUUUCCAAUUAAAAUAUUAUUCCAAGUAUGAGUCAUACGUUUUUCAAUGAUAAUAAUAUUUGCAACAAAUUUAUUUGUAUCAAAUUGAUAAACUCGGUACUGGCUGCUUGUUUGAAUAGUGUUCUGUGCAAUUAUCGGAUGUGUGAUUUUGUUCGGUAGCCUUGACGGUGCAAUUACGAUCGCCUUGGCUUGACAUAUUUCAUUAUUAUUUUGGACCUCUUCAAGUGAUGCUUGGAUUGCUGAUCAUAGGACAACGAUUACAGUUAUGUUUCGGAUUUUCCCUCAGCUUCUAAAUACAGGUUGGCCAUCAGGAGCAGAGCAGUGGGGUGGGGGUGAGGAUGGGGGUUGGUGAGACGGGGCAGCCGGCCGUGUGGGACAUGGACAGCGAGGACAGCGAGUGUGACUGCCCCGGGCCACCCCAGCCGCCACCCUCCUUCCAUCUGCCGCCCCCGCCACGGCCGCCCUUCCUCCACGAGGUCGCCGACUGCUCGGAGGCUCCACUCUUCGAUCUGGAGACCUGCGACACCAUGCCUGUGAUAGAAGAGUACCAUAGCAGUCCAGUGAUACCGUCGUUGGCUGUGAUCGUAGUGUGCUCCAUUUUAUUGAUAGCUAUGCUUCUUCUCGUCACCGUCCUAGUCUGGAAACAUAAAAAGAAGAUGAGUUUUUUACCGUGCAAGUCGUCGCCCCAGAACCGGUGCGACGUAACUCACGGCAAUGGCGUCAUAUACGAAGACCUGACUAACAUCCGACCGAGAACGCUACCGCAGCCUUCCAUCGAGAUGCUGGAUGUCAAGUCUCGAGCAGUCUAUCCGAAUAACUGCAACUAUCCUGUGAUAAGCCAUUCUCCAGUGUUCAUUUGUCCUCCACCCCCUAGACAAGAGCAAUACUGCUCACAAGACUUGUACAACCCCGUCUACGAAGAACUAUCAAAUGGUUCUGGCGAGCGAGGGGAGUCUGACGCGGAGAGCGAAGGCCAUCAGGCGCGACUGAGCGAAGACGAGUUCGCGGAGGACGAGCUGAGUCUCGGCGAGGGAGGGGGGAUGCGAGGCGUGGGGGUUGUAGGGGUGCACUCAGGCACCAGCUCACUGCAGGGAUCGACCGGCAACGACCUCUGUCGCGACGUCGACUCGAGCGACGCCGACGACAGGAGUCGCUUCCUGGGCAGCCGCAACCUCAGUCUGCCGCCGGGACAGCGGGGGGCCAGGAGUCACCAGCGCAGUCAAAGGCCGCGCAGCCUGGACAGGAGGCAGGGCACGGGCGACAGGGACCGGCGGCGGGGCGGCACACAGUGGCGGGCCAAGCAGAUGCAGAUGCCGCCUCCACCCGAAUGUACAGGUGACUUCCACGAGGGACUGUUGUUGGACGCGCUGCUCCAGUUGUACCCUGGCGGCGGCACCCACAACGACCACCAUCGAAUGCCUUACAUCGUGCCCGUGCCUAGCAGUGCUCCGCCCCCGGGUCACACCAUCAACCCCUACGAGAGUGUGCCCGUGAUGCGAGGCCUGCCCUCCCGCCCCCACCUCCACGACAUGACCACCUUCAGACCACCGCCCCCACCACCCCCGGCGCCCGACUCGGACUCUGGCUACAGCCACAACACGUCCGGCGGCCGUACGGCCAGCAACCGUGGCUCCGGCACCCGCGAGCCUCACUCGCACCGCCUCCCCAACUCCACCUCCACUCACGCCUCCAGUCUCGUCCUUUCCUAGUACCGGUAGCAUCCAAACUCUCUCUCUUAUCACUCUCUCCGCAGUUAGUAGUAUUAUCACUCUCUUAUUGUAAACUUUACACAACUUGCUUGUGGAGGCAGUCUACCCAUCAGAAUGCAAAACGCACAUAUCUAAAUACUUUCUUGGUGCUUCGUAUUUUGUUCUCAUAAUGUGUUCACGUUGAGUCUUAAGUUGUGAACAGACUUCAGCGCCAACAACACGUCCAUCUCACUUUUCAUCAGCUUAUUAUAUUUGUACCUUAUUGUUUCUGUACAGAUACAGAUAUAAUCAGCUGAUGCUAUGCUUAUUAUAUCUUUACCUGUCACAUUCUGUACAGAUACAGAUAUAAUCAGCUGAUCAUAAAUGAAAUGCGCGUGUUCGUGGUGCUAAAGUCUGUACGCAGCAAUAGGUUUUCCUCAAGUUGUUCCUCACGAGACAACCAUAUAUUUCAGAAGCUCUAAACUAAACGCACAUUAUACACAUAGACACAUGUCUUUUCUGUAUGUAUUGUAUGAUUUUCUGACUUUUUGUCCCUAUUCUAUUCUCAUAAAAUAGGUAAUAGUAUAAUUAUUUGAUUGCUGGAGAGAAAUUUCAACAUUUGAAAUCUUUUCUCUUUUUGCUGGUUUGACUUGAGGUUUGUUCUUGGGUAAUGAGAGGGGUUGUGUUGAUGAAGAAUUUAUUUUCCCUUGGUUGACUCCAAGCACAUAUGAACACAUUCAGGGCAUAUCAAGAACAAGAACAUAAUGAUUAACGAUGUUUUCUUGCUGGGUUGAACACUUUCAAAAGUUAUGAUAGAAGAAUAACUUCCAAUAUAAUUUUAUUUCCCGUAUUUCUACUUCCAUUAUCCCUGUUGAGUGGAAUGACUCAAUAUUAUCAUGCUAGGUGCUACACAGAUGUAUAUUAUUUUUAUAGGUACUUUAAAAUAGAUUGUUUAUUGGAAAAUGAAUCUCAGGGAUGUAAUGUUAUUCUUUCAGUGCUUUCUUGAAAAAUUUUCUUAGAUUAGCUAUUGAGAUCGAUUAAUACUUGUUUUAUCUACAGUAAGCAAGUUGGAUUUUCUGAUCAAUAAAAUUACUUAUCUCAUCUGAAGAAUCAAUUCAUCAUGAAAACUGAAGAUCUGCCUCUCUAAAGUUUACAACAAGAAAGAUCGUUUGCUUCUCAAGUUUUUUUGAGCUGGGAAGAUUGAACUAUAUUAAUUAUUGAUAAAAAUAAAAGUCUGAUAAUUUUUAUACUAUAAGAUGAGGCCAACCAUUGUACAUGAAUAUAUUUACAUGAGUAUAUUUCAACGUGCCUGACUCGAAUUGAAUAUUCUCCUGAGUUAUAGGUUUUAUAUGAACGCAGCAAUAAUAAUUCAUUUAUGCCUCUUUCAGAAUAAUUACUCAAUGAUUAUUCAAUUCCUCAAAAUCGUUUUGAGAAAUGUUAAUGGUUAUCAGUGUAACACUGUCUCUUUUUGUUAUUUCACUCGAAAUCAAAAUAUUAUUGUUGAAAAUAAUUAUUGCUGCUGGCAUUUGAAAUGUAGUUAGUGGCGAUCGUCAAUUUAAUUGAAUUUCUUAUUUCUUGAAGGGGAGUCGGAAGGGCCUAUACCACCAAUGUUAAAUUGGCCAACUUCAUUGUAACUUUUUGAGAUUUCCACUGGAGAUAUACUGACAAUUUUUUUUAAAUGAAAGAAUGCAUCUUUAUCUUCAAUCUGAUUGAAGAAAAUGUAAAUGAUUCUCUGAGAAUUUAUUCUGAGAAAAAAUUAUUUUAGAGUAAAUUCCUUCCAUCAGAUUGAAGAUAAAGAUGCAUUCUUUCAUUUAAAAAAAAAUUGUCAGUCCAUCUCCAGUGGAAAUUUCAAAAAGUUACAUUGAAGUUGGCCAAUUUAACAUUGGUGGUAUAGGCCCUUCCGUGGUAUAGGCCCUUCCUACUCCCCUAACCACUUGAGGAUUCCAUUGGUUCGUGUUUUAAACGAACACAUCAUCAAGGUGAAUAAUUAUAGACAUACAAACUUGAUAUUAUCAAUAGUCCACAUGAAAAAUUAAUCUCUUAUCAAAAAAGUAUUGUUGACUAAGUUUUAUAAUCAAACUAUUGAAAAAAAAUUGAAAUAAUAUCAAUGAGACAGUGCUACUUGGGAAAGAUAACUAGGCCCUAUAAUUUACUAACAAUUUAUAUAUUCAUUUUAUUUUCAUUAAAAGCAUUUGUUACAUGAAUUAUCACAUUAAAUGCUGCUUUCAAUUGAUUUGAUAGCCACGGAUAAUAAAUAAAUGAUAAAGGAGAACACACAUAUAUGAGAUGAUAGCUUAUAUUUUAUAUAGAAAUAUGCUAGGAUUUGAAAGGAAGAGAGAGUGAUAGAAGAGAGAAAGGAAAUAAAGGAUUUUCCUGUGAUCUAGGCUAUUUUACAAUUAUUUAAACGUGCAAGAGACAAUUUUAGAAUACCAUUUUAUUAUUUAAUGUAAAUUACUUGUAUUAUAUAAUUUUAAUGUAAGUUGAUAAACUAUACAAUAUUAUAGUCUAUUAGCGCUGCACAUAUUGAAUACUAUAGAUUGAAAAGUGAUAUUACUAUUAAAUAAGCACAAUGAAAUGACAGGAAAUCUCCGAGAAGAAUAUAAAAUCUUACAUCACUAUUCAUAGUAAGUUAUGUGUAGCAUUUUCUGAGCUAUACUAAAGAGACUGAUAAUUUUUCUAACCUACUAGAAACCAUUUCUCUUAUAGAUCAAUUACCUUGCUGUUAUAUUCCUCUUCUAUGAAAUUAAUUGAAUACGCUAAUUUCUUCCAGCUAUCAUCUAUCAUCAUCUAUCGAACCGAACAUUUGUGUAACAACGAUAUCAACCAUUUGUAGAACUCAUGAUAAUUUGGAAUGUCCACAUUUAUCCUAAAAUUCUAGAUGAUAUUAUACAAUAAUAAUGGUAACAUUCCAAAUAUAUUUUUCUGAUGUCACUAUCAACAUUUAAAUAGCCUUUACCUUCUUAUAAUUCGUAUUCCUCAUAUUUUAUACAUGAAAAGUGAUUCUGGUAGAACUGAUUAAAUUCUUAUAUCUAGAAGAUUUUCAAUAGAAGGAGAUGAAGGAAUGCAACUUAGUUGACUAACCACCUUCAAAAUGUUGUCAUUUCAUGCAUUGUGAAUUUUUAAUAAACUGUACAUGUGCUACAGAUUGCCUAAGAUGUAAUGUAGUGUAAAUAUUAAUUUAGAUUUUCCUAUAGUGUAAAUACUGAUGAAUUAUGUAUGAAUAUUGCAAAGAUUUUGUGCUAGUCCUAAUAUUGUGAGUGUAUAUUUCAAGGAAAAUUUUUAUUGAGUUUAGAAAAUAUGUGUUUUUCUAGGUAAAUUAUUCUGACACCAUAAUCAUUGAAUUAAAUUUCUUACCUUAAA